AUGUCAUACACCGCCGAGAGAGCCUCCAUCGACCCCGUUUCCUCUCACACCCAGCUCUGUUUCCGGGACGAUGACCACGUCAACAAACGUCCCCAAGCUGCCAUCAACGUCAAGUCCAUCGGUGCCGAGUCUCGACUCGUGGUGUGGUUCAAUCAUAACUUCUCGCACCCAGUGACCCAGGAGCUAGAGCAGCUCGAAUCUGGCUUUCAGUUGCUCGGGCGAAGCAGCGGCCACCGCAACAACAACAGAAACCGUAACAACAAUAUCCCCGACGAUUUGUCGUCCAGGCUAACUAGACUCGAUUUCCUGCGCACCAAGGGCCUUCUGCAGCUCGAGACUGGCCGGGUGCUCCCGCACGACAUCCCCGGCCCGAGAAACGAUGUGCUGGAUGAGAUGGAGCCGACCUGA